GGAGGAGGCCAGCACGCAGUUGCUUGGGUAUGACUGACGUCAAAACGGAUAUACCUGUGAUUAUCUUGCUGAGUAUUUAACCCACGACCACGGGACUAGUUCCUCACAGAUGAAUCCACCUCCAAUACCCACACAGCUCAAUAUGAAGCUCAUCAUUGCCCUCACCCUUGUGGCCGUAGCUACCGCUGAUGUCCCAGCAGCAACUAAGCCUCCUGUAGCUGCAGUGGCUUCACCUGUGACUGCUGAACUCUGCAGUUUGCCGUACUGCAAGAUCAUCGCUGGACAAGAGGUUCGCUGCGAGAACCCGGGGGCCUGGUUUGAGUACUACCCUCACCCCACGAACCGUCAUCUGUUCGUGCAGUGCACCACCUAUGGUCCUCAGGUGAUGAGCUGCGCCCCAGGUACCGCUUGGUCCCAACCGGAUAAGGUGUGUAUCUUCGAAACCUUUGUACCAAGCUGCACAGCCGACGCCACUGUCUGUGACUGUGACGUCUGCUACAGGGGCGACCCUAACGACACCACCAGCUACUACUACUGCUCCCUGGAUGCAAACGGUCAGCGUUGUAGAGGUGCCAAGAUGACGUGUGGAGCAGGCACCACCUGGGACAAGAAUAGCAACACUUGUGUCUAAGUAGUUUGCUCCAUGUGGCUGGUGUCACCAGAUGCUGCUUCAGGUGGCUGAUGAUGUCACCAGCUGAGACUUAGGACAAGGAAUACACUACCAUCAUCGCAUGACAAUACACCCAUUUGAAAAAGUACAGAUGAUAUCCUGACAAACUACUCGACUCUACUCGACUAUAACGACAGGGUUUAAUAACCUGAACUACCAUUUACUUGUCAUAUGAUUUCAAAUAAAUACCCAGAAUCACAUGUAGCAAUAAUCAAAUUGUGAUUUCCAGAAGACAGUUGAAAAAUUCUUAAAUAAUAACGAUAGCAGUCAGUAGUAAUUUGUGUUGCUCAGUGUCAAAAUAACAUAAUAUAAAUUGAUUUGAUGCUGACUAUUUUUCAUUACAUCUCCUUUUUCAAAACAUUCAAAGCAAAUGUUUAUUAAGCUAACAAACAUGUGAAACGUUAUAGGUUGGAAUCUAUGAAUAACAAGCGAGCAGAGAUGCUUUCAACCCAGCUAUGGCUCUGGGUAUAUGAAUAUUUGUGGUUCGUCAUAGUGUCGAACCUGUGAACUCAGACAAUGAAGCUUUACCUUGGGAUCAUGUCUCGGCCUCAGGCGAAACUUUACGGAA